UUAGUUAUAAAUUUAAAUUUCAAGGAAUGAAACGUUUUGUACACGGACUUAAAAAUUAUUUCAAAGAACAACAGCUCAGUGAUAGAAUAUUGAGUAUUGUUGAAAUCGACGAGGAAUUUAUUUCUUAUAAAAAGCGAAAGUUUGAAUGUGAAACUGAAGGAACAGGUUUUAAAAAAAUCAAGUUUCAUGAGAUAUCUACAACCGAUUAUCAAGAAAAAAAUGUCUAGUAUAAUAAUUGAGCAAUACCUUGAAGCUCUUAAAGGUUACUUUAAAAAGGAAGAACUAAGUGAUAAAAUUCUGCACAUCAUGGAAGCCGAGACAACCCAGGUGGUACUCAAAACACAGAAAAUUAGAAGAAAGAGAGAUCAAACUAGAGAUGAAAUUGAAAAAAAAAAAUCAGAAGAAAUCAUUUUUAAUGAAAAUUUAAAAGAUUCAAUCAACACAGUAGAAUCAGAAGAUAUAAACAUUCAUAAAUGUGAGGAAAAAGAAGUUGAUUUACGGGCAUCUUCUUCUGAAGAAAAUUUUUAUGACGCAUUAACUGAGGUUGAACAACUUUCAGAAAAACUGAUUCCAUUUGAUAGAACAACUAGCCAAUUAAUUACUGAUAAACCAUCCAAUCAAUCAACAUAUGAAAAAAUUAAAACUGAUGCACAGAAAAAAAAUUUAAAGUGGUUUUGUGAUUCGAUUUGUGAUAAAUUAAUAUUUACAAAUCCUUUGACUCGCCAAGAAGAAUGCAAAAAUGUUGGAGAACUUGAUGGGAAACCUCUGGCUGGGUUUGUUAUAUCUUUUGAUCAAUACGAAGACCAGCAACGAGAAACUCUGUCUGCAUUGGCAGUGAGUUUGGGUGCUUGCGUGCAAGAUGAAGUGUUUUCUAUUAACAAAGAUCAUCGAGUUAUUGCUAGUACCCAUUUGAUAUUGAAACGCUGUGAAGGUAUACAAUUCCUAACUGCUUCCCAUUGGCAAAUUCCUUGCAUAACUGAAGAAUGGUUGUGGAAGUGUUUAGACAUCCAAGGUGUAGCAUCUACAGCAACUUACGAGAUUUCAGAGAAACAGAGUUCCAAGUUUACAAGCAUUCAUUGCUUUUUCCCCGUUCACGGCUUAAUUUUGUGUAUUAGCAGCAGUUACUUUAAGUUCUUGAUAUGUGAUCAAAACAAGGCAAGCAAUAAUAAAGACAUUAUUGUGUAUGUUAAUCUUGGUGAUAGCCAAUACGUUGAGCUGCUUAUACAUUCAUUGUAUAACUUUGAUGUAUUAAAAAAUGUUGGCACUUUGAAGCUCCUAAAAGUAUUAGAAUACGCUGACCGUUUUCAAUGUGACGCUCUUCUUAAACAAGGUCUUCCAUUAAUAAACAACAUAGUAAUAGAUAAUAUCGAGGAGUGCAAUCUAUUGUUAGAGUACAUUUGUGUUUUUCAAAGUCUUGAGCAUAUAAUUCCGAGGGAUUUCCUAACUAAAGUUAAAGAAACAUGUUCUUAUUUUUUGGCAAAUUUAAUCACUCCCUUAGAAUGCUGCAUUUUCCAAGAAUCUUUUGGCCUAAUAAAUCUAUCUGGACUAUUAAUACUACUCAAGUCUAACUAUAAGUUUCUUUUUAAUGAAAAUAGUUUGAUUCCUUUUCUGUUAGAUUGGUUAGAAUUCGACAGUUCCCGACAAACCGAGGACAACAUAAGAAUCCUUCUUUCCGAAUGUCGCUACGAAUUCAUGAGUGUAGAAUUUUUAAAAGAUUGUUUAUCGCCUACAGACGCAAUUUUCAGUAAAUGGCCUGGUUUCUUUGAUUGGUAUAUCGAUGCUGUCACAUAUCCUGCAGUUCCAUUAAAUUCAAAAGAGUUAUACUUAUGUAAAAAGAGAGAGAACAGAUCUGCUGUCAAUUUUUCAGAAGGUGCAUCGCUAAAGCAUGAACGUAAUAUAAAACUAAUAUGGAUAAAUGAUCAGUUUGUUCAACCGUUUAAAUGUCGCCAAAGAAUUAUCUACAAAGGUUACUUACUUACACCUGUUGUCAAAAUUUGUAAGGAGAAUAACAAGCAUAAAGUUUUACUACAGAUGUAUGUUGGAAAGAAAAUUACUAAAAGAGAAAUGAGAAAUUUUUAUUUUAGGGUUGAUUUUCAUUUUGCAAUUUUGCCUGGGGAUUUGGAAUGCGCAGAAGAACUUACCUACAGGAAAUGCAAAAAAUCUCUUGAUAUAAGAAUUGCAUCGUGUAUGAUUUUUAGUUAUGAUAGUAACAGAGUCGAAUUUCAAAACAGCAAUCUUGCAGAGAUAUCUUUUGGAACUAUUGAUGGAGGUUUAGUGCAAAGGUUUAGAAAGCAGGGCGUGUUUGCUUUAUUUAAUUUUUCUUAUAGCGAAGUAUCUUAAGUAAAUUUUAAUAUUCCUUGGAAGUAUAUUUUAUUAAUAUUUUUUUUUAAUUUUAUUCACAUGUAUUUAUGAUAAACUGUAUUACAGAUUAUAUAUCUAUUUAUUAUAUAUUUUAUUCCAGAUUGCAUAUUUAUUAUUUAUAUUAUUACAGAUUAUAUAUUUAUGAUAAAAAUAUCUUAUUUUUAAAAUAUUAGAUUUUGGUUGAGCGCCGGCUGAGCACCAUUUUUUAAAUAAAUUUAGGAAAUGGAGCUCUUUAGGGGCCAUCCAUAAUAUGGAUUUCAUAUAUUACGUACGUAUUUUAUAUUAUAUAUGGAUUUCAUAUAUUAUAUACGGAUUCCAUAUAUUACGUAAGGACCGCGUGGGAAGGGGGUGUCCAAAGUUGAGUAAAUUGCGUACGAGUGCGUAUGGAAGUACGUUCAUGACCUGUAAGGUUAUAAAGGUUGAACACGCAAAAAAAAAAGUGAUAACGUUCACUUGUGUGAAUGGAAAUGGUUGAGGGGGUUAGACCACCAAGCAUUUGAAAUUUAUAUGGGGGGUAAGACUACCUAGCAUACGUACGCAUUGGGGAGAGGGGGUAUAAAAAUGUACAAGGUGCAACGAGAGGAAUGGGGUCUAAAUCUAGAUAUUUUUACGUACAUAAUGUACAGAUGGCCCCUUAGAGUAAAGUUAAAUGUUCUUGCACGGUGCUCUUAGACCGAGAAAGUGCUCCAAGAAGACUUAACGGUCUUCUUGGAGCACCUUAAAUAACCUUAAAAAAUAACAAAAACACUUUAAUUAUUGUUACUGAAAUUAUCACAGCACCUUAGCUAUAUUUGGUAUUUUUUGUUAAAAUGAAAACAGCAGCAUAUUGAAAAGAAUUAAACACAGUUAACUAUGACUCAAGACCGUUUGUCUGCACUAAAACUGUUACCUAUUAAAGCAGAAGCAGCUUAACUGAAUUUAAAAAAUGUUAUUGAUUAAUUUACAACUAUGAAAACAAGAAGGAAACAAUUUUAGUAUAUUUUUAACAUACUAUACUUUUAUACUGUAACAUACUGGUCCUAUUAGUUUUAAAAUAAGCAACAUUCUAGAUAAAUAUAAACUAUAUAAAAAAUAUAUAAAAUAUAAAUAUCAUUCAUUGCGGUUCUGUAGUGAACGGACGUGCUUUUGCUACAAAAGAAAUAAAAUAAUAAAAUUGAUAUUGCAAUUUUUAUUUAUUUGUUUAUUUAUUUUUCAAAUCUUAUCAAUAAUGAGUUCAAAACUUAACACUGAAGUCUCAAUAAAAUUAGUUCGUGAAAUAUUUCAAGAAAUGUUCCAAAAACAACAAAAAGAUAUUUUAGCGUUAAUAAGUGCAAAUUUAAAACUGGCUAACGAUCGAAUUGAUGGAAUGCUAAAAGAAAUUAAUACAUUAAAGAACUCUUGUGAAGUUUUAAAAAAGGAAAACGAAAACCGAAAUACCGAUCUUAAAAAAACAAACAAGCAGAUGAUAAAGUAUGAAAAAAUACAAAAAGACAUUGAAGAAAGUCUAACGUUCUAUCAGGAUUGCCAUGAUAAAAAAGUCAGCGAUUUGGAAAAAAAAUUGAUAAAUGAUAAAAAAGUCAGUGA